AUGGCGGCUGAGUCAGCGGCUGCAGGUGGGCAUGGCAUGGGUCACCGUCAGCACUCCGGCACUGUGAAGAGGAGGAGGUGGGGAGGUCUGAGACAGCAGUGGAAGCUUCUGGGCUUAUUUGAGAUCGAUCAACAUCAUGAGUUCUACAGCCUGACCUGCAUGAUGAAGGAAGGGUUGGCAGCAGCCAUCCAAAACACUAUCAGCAACCCACCUACAAAUGAAGUGUCAGAUGAUGAUUUCAGAUUAGAGGUCACUCAGAUUCAUAAGGAUUUUGCAAUGGAGACGUUUGCAGGCCCGGUGUUUGCCAGUCUACGCAGCUCUCUAGGAAUGACAGAGCAAGAGUAUCAGCAGUCACUCUGCUCCGAAAACUGCUACCUCCAGUUCAUCAGCAACUCCAAGAGCAAGGCCGACUUCUUCCUGACAAAUGAUAAGCGCUUCUUUCUGAAGACCCAGAACAAAAGGGAAAUCAAGUUUCUUCUGGCCAACCUGAAGAUAUACAUGGAGCAUUUGAAGAAAUACCCCCAUUCACUACUGGUCAAGUUCCUAGGUGUUCACAGGAUCAAAAUCCCACACAGGCGAAAGAAGUACUUCAUUGUUAUGCAAAGUGUGUUUUAUCCUGAUGACCGAAUCAAUGCAAGGUACGACAUUAAAGGCUGUGAGGUGAGCCGCUGGACGGAACCUGCACCAGAGGGAAGCCAGAUUAUUGUGGUUCUCAAAGAUCUUAACUUUGAAGGCCAGUACAUCACUCUGGACCAGCAGCGUCCUUGGCUCGUGCGGCAGGUGGAGAUCGACACACACUUCCUCCAAAGGCUCAACGUGCUGGAUUACAGUUUCCUCCUGGCCCAUCAGCCCUUACAACACGAUGAGCGCCACCAGAGCCUGUCCUUCGCUACUCUCAUCAUGAGAACCAAAAAAUCUGUGAAUCCAGGCUCCAGCCCUAUCCACACAGGUGUUGCUGCUGUUCCAGGGUCAGUCCCAGAAGAUGACUCCACUUUGCUUUUAUCUGAAACACAUGCCAGUUGUUUGAUGCAAACGCAGGCAGGAGAUGCACCAAAGCUUCCAGACUUCAGGGCCCAAAACCGUCGUUUACUGCCCAACUUAAAGAAUCCUCUGCACAUCAUCGAUGGGCCUGACCAACGCUUCUUCAUCGGCAUCAUUGACAUUUUCACAGUUUAUAGUUUUAAGAAGAGGUUGGAGCAUUGGUGGAAGAGACUGAGACAUCCAGGCCGAACCUUCUCCACUGUCAGUCCACAGACUUACUGCCUCAGGCUAUGUCAGUGGGUUCAGGACCAUACCAAGUAG